UUUACAGGUGCUCGCUCGCAUAGUCAUGAGGAGCUCAUGCCAAUCUCUUCAUUCUCCUUCAAUUUUAUUGCCUUCAAAGCGAAGAAGAUUGCGCCGAGUUGCUACUGCGGCUCUCAGUAGUGCUCAGGUCAAACAAGCCGAGAUGCUGAUUGAGCGGCUGUCUACGCGCUUGACAACAGAUAAGGUUUUGGACAAGAUUACUACUGUCAUUGCUGGCCAAACUCCGGUGGAACCAGACAUACUGGACAAACAACUUAAGGCCAUCACAACGGGAGAGGAUUACAAUUCCUGGGAGGAGUUGAGGACAGAGCUUGUACACAAUGCCUCUAGCCUGUGGACGUCUUCUUAUGAUUUGCUUACAAACUUCAAUCCAUUUGAGCUUGGACACUGGGUCGGGGGCUUGAUUGAAGACUUCGCUGAAAGAUUUGCUGCCUGGGAACUAUCUAGUUUGGUGGCCAUCGGAGAGAGAUGGUUGAUCUGGACGCCGCUUGUUGUUCUUACAAUGGCGUGGCAAAUGUCAAAGAAUAGAAAUCAGAACGGCGAAGCGACGGAAAGCCAGACAUCGGUGGCUGCACCGCCUGCCACUGAAAAGCAAAAGCAGGUCAGGAAGGAGAUCGAGAGAAUGAAACUAAGAUGUUCGCUUCUACAAGAGGUGGGAGCUAUAAAAGGAAGUGCAACUAUACAAGCCAUCGUGAAGCAGCUCCAGAUGGUUGGCUCAAUGUUCGACGACGAGACUGCCAUGGAGAACAUUGACGGGAGCUGGCAGCUAUUAUAUGCGUCUCAAGAGCCCGCGAUAUUUUCUCGAUUGCCCGGUCUAGAGAUAAGCAAUCUGGAGCAGAAGUUUUCACGGCGGAGUAACGAUCAAACGCUGACGAUACACAAUCUCGCGCUCUUGAGACUACCUGGUGUGGGAGCGGUCCGAGUGGAACUCAAGGGCGUGUGGAACAAGUCGACUGGUAUGGUGGUCUUUGACGAAGUUUCUGCAGGUAGAGCUUUCGAGUCCCCAGUUUCUUGGGACUUGACAAGGAUCACUCUCGCGCUGCCCGUUCCUCGGUCGGAGCGGUGGGAGCUUUUGUAUAUGGACGACGUGAUUCGCGUAAACCAGGGAGACGAUAGCCAUUUGUACAUCUAUUCCAGACUUUACACUUGAAGCUUUGGAAUUGAGCACGCAUUACUGCCUCCAA